AAUUCGAAUCCCUAAACCCCCAAAUUCGAAUCCCACGGACAGAAAAUAUGGUAAUCUAGAAUCAAAACCCUAAACACCCUAAAUCGAAUUGCAUGAACCAUAAAGUUUCAAAUCCAUAAACAAAACCCAGAUUUCCACCAAAAAAAUCCAUGAACCCUAACUUACUAUCCACAAACAAAAUGAACAAUAAAGAGAGGACAAGUCUUCUACCUCAACGUCUUCUUCUACCUCUCACUAUCGGCGGCGACGGCGGCGGCCUUCUUCGUCGGCGAAAGCGGCGUCUUCUUCUUUCUUCUUCGUCGGCGGCGUGUUCUUCCUCGCCGCUGGGUCAGUUCAACGUCGUCGUCGGCGGGAGAUCCAACAAGCCGUCGUCGCCGUCGCAGCCCUAGUCGCCGUCGCAGACGCAGACCUCGUCGCCGUCGCACUGGUCGCCGUGAAUGGCCUCGUCGCUGUUGGUGGGUGGUGGUUUUCGGGAGAAAAGAAAAAGAGAGAGAGAGGGUUCGAAAGUUGGAGAGAGAGGGGAGAAUGACUGACGCGGGUUGAGGUUGGGUUUUGGGUUUGAAAUUUUCGGUUUUUGUUUUUGUUUUUUUUUUCUGGCCCCACUUACCCAAAAGUGGCUCGGCUUGGCCACAAAAUUCCCCUCCCUCACAGAACAGCGCCGGCGAUCCCUCACCGUCCGAUGGUGGCUCGGCGACGUGGCCCAUCAUCCCACCCUGUUAGUAUCUACUAACCACUUAACCCAUUAGCAGAAUAACGCUAUUGCAACGAAAGGGAUACACCCUGAAAAUCAACUACAAGAAAGAAAGCCCAAACAACCAGAACAUCAAAAAUGUAGAGAAAAGGUCCAGAAGCAUACAGAAGGGCAAAACUAUAUCAACAUGAACAGAAAGACGGGGGAACCCUUUUCAUGAGCCGAAAACAGAGGAUCCAGCAUCCAUUGUAAUCGCAUCAAAUGGAGUGAGACACAGAAGAGCUUCAGCUCGUCCAAACCCAGCUUUGACCAUGGUUAUUGAGCGAAGCAACACCAUAUGCCGCCUUCUGAGGGUAGUUCAAAGACACCCAUCACAGUGAAUCGCCAACGAGGGAUUGCGCGGCGGUGGACAGGACUGGGAUUGGAUUGCUCAGAGCUGAAAAAACGGCAAAUGGGACUGGAGCGGAGAGAACCAUGAAACAACAGUGAAGAGAUUCAUCUAAGGGUUGAGCCGACCAGAAGAAAAGAGCCAUACACAAAAGAAAGGAGAAAAGAGCAAAACCGACUAGAAGAAACGAUUUGAAGAGACAAACGCCAACAAAGAAAACCCAAACAAACCCAAAUGGAAAUCGGUACGGUAUUGGUAUGCCAAUAUAAAAUUCUAAAAUCUCGAAUAUAGAUCCUAAAGUCAAUUCCAAUCUCAAUCCCUAAAUAAUUUCGGUAUCCCAUUCCCAUUGCCUAAAUAUUUCGGUAUCCCAAUCGAUACUUCGAUAUCCCAAUCGGUAUUAUCGAAUAUGAAAUUAAUUAUCUUUACAAUUAAUAAUUACAUAUAUAAAUUAGAUUUGAUUAUUUAAUUUAGGACAAAGAGGGGAUGAGAUUAGGUGCUAAUCCUUAUAGGGGUUAGCACCGUGAUAACUAGCAAAAAACGCUACUAAAAAUAACGAAAUCACUACGGAUUAUUAUAAAAUCAAUACAACAUCUAAGCUAAA